GCCUCUGCAGUUAAUGUUAUCACUAUAACAGUAUUGUACUGCAGUCACGUCUGAUCUACUGUUACUGUACGAGCCUCGACCUAUGAGAGCAAAGCAACCGAAAGAAUUCCAGUCAGUUGAUUACAAAUUACAAUGCUUCUUUCAGGAAUCUUCCUUUUAUUUCUGUCAGGUGUAGUUAUUGGUGAUCAUUUUGGAUAUUCAAGUGAAUUGCAAAAGGAAUGGAUAAAAAAAAGUGCUGCUUGUGAAGGAAAAAACCAAUCUCCGAUUAGUAUAAGCACAGUGAACGCAGUUCCUUUGGCAAUUCCAGCAUUGGAAAUGGUGGGAUACCAUAACCUUCUUCCCAGGCCCAUCAGUAUAAGCAAUAAUGGUCAUUCUGUUGAGUUGAAGCCUUACCGAGUACCAAUCCUGGAAAACACAGCACAAAUAUUUGGGGGUUUGUUGCCCAACAAAUACCAUCUGGAGACGUUCCAUUUUCACUGGGGUCGGAAGAACAACCGUGGAAGUGAACACGUGAUUGACAGUGUGCGGUUCCCAAUGGAGAUGCACAUUAUCCACAGAAACGAGAAAUAUGACACAAUGGGUGAGGCUCUGCAACAUCCAGAUGGACUGGUCGUGUUAGCGUUUUUCUUACAGACAAGAGAGAAAGAUAAUGGAGCACUAAGACCAAUACUGAAUGAGCUCCAGUUUCUUGUGAAGGAAGGCAGUGGCGUGUACAUGUCAGAAACGUUUCCCCUGGCUUCGCUCCUCCCUCGCUCUCUGGACUACUUCUACACCUACCAGGGCUCCCUCACCACUCCUCCCUGCUCAGAGGCAGUAACAUGGGUUGUCUUUCCGGACCCACUCCCAGUCUCAUUCACACAGAUGGCACAGUUCCGGACACUGACAACUGGAGGAAGUCACCAUCUCCUUGACAACUAUCGUCGUCUUCAACCUCUCAACUCCAGAAAGAUCUACGCGAAGAGGGUGGUAGCCGAUGCUUCCUACUUUCAAAACUCUGUCCUCAAUGUUUCUGACCCUGCGUUCUGGCAUUGAGUAGAAAAACUUUUGAAAAAAAAAACGUUAAAUCAUGGUUGUACUCUAAUUAAGUAGAGUUGAUUGCAUAGUCCUAGUCACCUAUUGGAAAGGAAUUUUUUAGAACAAAACUGUGACUUUCAUCUCUGAAUCACCAAACAAUGAUUCAAAAAUAACAGUUAAAAAUGUGUGGAAUAUCUUAUUUAUUGAUGGAAAAAUAUAUUAGCCAGUGAACUAACAACAUAGGUACACUGUGUUUUAGCAGUAAUUAAACCAUCAUUGUAUAACUUGUAUAUAGAGAAAAUAUGAGCCUAGUUUAUAUUUUUAAUUAACACUUAGUUUAUUUAGAUAUGUUCCUGGAAGUAAUAUAUGUAGAAACUGUAGGAUAGUUUAAGUAACAAACAUGUAUACACUCAUAUGUUUUAAUUUAGUUAAUUGUAUAUGUCCAACUACUGAGCCAAUCAAUAUUAAUGUUAAUGCCAGUGUGAUUCUUAAGCAUACCUAACUAAUAAACUUAUUUAAAAGUGCA